CUUGUUGCAGGGGCGGGAGCGGUUGCCAGGAGACCCGAGCAUAAACAGGGUGAUCGCACUGCUGAUGAUGGAUGGGUACCUCAGCCUGGAGCAGCUAUUUGCAGCAGUUCCUGCCCAGUGGGUCUGGAAGGACGACACGAACAGGCUGGAAUUGGUCAGCUCGCAGUCAAUACCAGACAGCAAAGACAAAAAGUCAUUUGCCAGAGUUCGAGCCAUCCUGGACCCAGUGAACGAAGCACUGGAGAAAUCAAAGUACGGCAUUUCCCGGCGCAGCUUCUCCAUCAUGACCAAAGCAGGAAGCAUCAGGCAGAACCUGGCAAUCCAGCAGGAAGCCCAGAAACUGGAGGAUUGGCGGAACCAAUCCGUUACACUCGAGGACGUCAAAAAUGCUGCUUUUCUGUUACUGGCCGAAGAUGAUUUGCGGGGUACUCGGAGACGUUUUCAGCCAAUGUUAAGGACCCGGCAGUUAAACGAGUUCCUCAUAGCUUUACUCAAUUACUUCUCUGUGUUCCUGAGCGCGUUUGGAUUGGACUCCAAGUCAACAGAGUUGGUGAUGAAUGUUGGGAGUCUGGAGAAGGUGGAGGCGCCUUGGACCAAGGCGAAAGAGGAGCUGGCACAGAAGCACCUGGCACGGACGUACUCCACCCUGCUGCUGGGCCUGGGCAUGGUCGAACUGCACCACAUGGCGUGCGGCAAGGCGAUGGGGUCAGCUACACGCAAGGACAGACAGCUGUUUGAGUGUCUCUACACCUACAGUGUCUACGUGACCUGGGUAACGUUUGGAAGGAAAAACUUGAAUCUGAUCAAGGCUGAGGUGGGACGGCUUCUUCGCUCAGACAUCUUCAAUCCUGCUCCAAAGGUGAAGGAAGAGGAGGCGGGUGGACAGAAGACCAAGAGAGAGCACAGGGGGUCUCAUUCAAAGCGCCCACCCAUCAGCAGCAUCGUCAGCCAGCGAUCGCCCAUCCUCCGGUCUGUGCUGCAGACCCCCAAGGAGAAGUCCGACUACCUCUUCAGGCAGCACGCAGUGAAUCCAGGCUCCGGUGCCGCCCAGGAGGAUGAGGAGAUCAGCAUCACGGAUGUGGGCUCCAGCCUCCCCCAGCAAUUGGGCAUCAUCGGGGAGCCCCUCAGUAAAUUCCUGCCGGACACGCUGAUUCCCAUCGAAACUCACCUGGAGGGGGAGGAGGAGGACGAGGAGGAGCUGCCGCGGAAGAGUGCGCACUCCCUCGCAGGGCUCGUGGACUCCUCGACGGGACAAGGGAGCUUUCACAGUCACGCUAUGGCCAUAUCCAGAGCCACCACGGCCGCCACUGAAUCCAACUACAGCCUUGUACAUUAA